CACAAACUCAUCUUUUAACUUCACAACCACAAUAUAUAGCAACCUCGCAAACAACUACAAUACAUAACAAUGCCAGAAGUAAACCUCAGAUCUCUCGGACAAAUAUUAUCUGAAGUAAACUUCAGAUCUAUCGGUGAUGCUUUUACUGCUUCAGACAUCAUCCUUUACAUUGUGGCGAUGACAGGCUUCUUCUCACCUAUUCCAGUUGCUAUUCGUAAGGGUUUCUUCAGUUUAGGGUUCCUUAAGUCAGUUCUCCUUACGUUUUUGUUUGUUGCACCAGGCAUGUUCUACAGUAUGUUCAUCGUGUAUUCAACUUCCCCGGUAACGGGCGAUAACGCGUUGAGAGCGAGAUACCAGGACCUCGAAGAGGGCCACAUCCAACCGUCGAAUUCUGUUCUUCCAGACGCAGCUGAGUGGAACGAACAACAGGGUCAGUUUGCGAAUAAUGCGCAGGCCAAGCAAAGAGCGAACCCUGGCUUGUCCAUCUGAAGGUAUUAAGCUAGCAAUCCAUGAUCUACAUCACACAAUGCCUGUGCGGUUAUACCAAAUGAUGAGGGGGAGGAUAUGAGAAGGUUGUCAAGACUUUUGGUGCCUCGGAUAAUUAGGCCCAAUCUUAGUAUCUAUUGAAUCAAUGAAUAUAUAGUGACACUCGAGAAGUUUAAGGCUCCUAUCAGCACUUGAAACGGUGGCUAAAGCUUUUUUUUUUUAUUUACCGAGACUCAAGAUCGUGAAGUAUACUCCAACACUGACAAAAUUGGUGAUUAGUUUUAAAAAUAACACUUAUUCAUUGUUCGCACCUCCUGGUGAGCGGGAGGCAGGGCCAGCUGCCGUUUCCAGGGCAAAUCCGGUAUUCGCUACAAGGAGCUGCACCACCCUUCCG